AUGCCGCUGCGGCUCCACCACCACCGUCUCGCGCCGGCGCCACGCCGGACCCGCGCGGCGGCGUCGUGGGCCGCGGCCGUAGCCGACCACGCGCGCGCAGGCCGCCACGCCGCCGCGCUCACCGUCUUCCGCCGCGUCCUCGCCGCCCACCCGGCCGUCGCUGCCGCCGACGAGCUCGCCUACUCGGCGCUCCUCCGCUGCCGAGACGCCCGGCUGGGCUACCAGAUACACGCGCAGGCGUGCCGCCGGGGCCUCGCCGCCUCCAACCCCGUCCUCGCCUGCUCCCUGCUCGCCUUCUACUCCGCCGACCUCCCCGCCGCCGCCAGGCUGUUCGACGAAAUGCCGCGGAGGGACGCCGUCGCCUACACCGCCAUGAUGUCCGCCCUCCUCCGCGCCGGGGACUGGGCCCGGGCCCUGGCGCUCUACCCUCGCAUGCUUUCCGCCGGCGCCGGGCCGCCCACCGAGCACACCUUCACCAACCUGCUGGCUCUCUGUGCCUCCAGGCGCCUCUGUUGCCAUGGCAGGCUGCUCCACGCGCAGCUCCUUCGCUGGGGGGCCGACCUCAACCUGGUGCUCAAGACCGCGCUCGUCCACAUGUACUCCACCUGCGGCUUCAUGGCCCGCGCGCACGCCGUGCUCUGCUCCACGCCCGACACGGACGUGGUGCUCUGGACGGCCAUGAUCGCCGGCCACUCGCGGGCCGGGGACCUCCAGGCCGCUCUGCGGAUGUUCAUUAGCAUGGAACAAGCCGCCGCCGUGCCGCCCAACGCCUACACCUUCGCCGGGAUCAUCACCGCCUGUGCUUCUUCCUCUGCCCAGCCCCAGGCGUCACAGACCGGACGGCAGCUCCACGCCCGCGUGUUCAAGUUUGCUCUGGAGCACGACAUCUCUGUCUGCAACGCGCUCCUCAACUUCUACAGCAAGUCAUCCGCCCGUCUGCUCGACUUGGUCCACGUGUUCAGUGCCACAGACAGCCCAAAUGUGGUGUCCUGGACUGCCUUCAUCUCUGGACUCGCACGCCAUGGCAAAGACGAGGAUGCGUUUGCGGCGUUCGCGGAGAUGCGGGCCAGCGGGGUGCAACCCAACUCGUUCACCGUCUCCACCCUUCUCAAGGGCUGCAGCUCCUCCUCACAGUCUUUCCUGCAUGCUACAAAAAUCCAUGCGUAUGUGCUCAAGACCAGCCUUGGGUCUUUGGAUGUGGCUGUCGGGAACUCGCUGGUUCAUCUUUAUUCCAGGUUUGCAAGGAUGGAUGACGCGUGGGCGGUGGCGACAACAAUGGCUUCUGCAAGGGACAGCUUCACAUACACGAGCCUAGCCAAGGGGCUGAAUCAGAUCGGCCUUCCAACCAAGGCCCUUGAGUUGCUAGUCCACAUGUUUCGUGAGGAGGUUCGUGUCGACGGUUUCAGUCUCGCCUGCUUCCUCUCUGCUGCUGCGGCCUUGCCAUCCAUAGAGCCUGGGGAGCACCUGCACUGCUGCUCGCUGAAACUGGGAUUGAGCAGCCAGGUCCCAGUUUCUAACAGCCUUAUCAACAUGUACAGCAAGCAUAAGUGUCUGGAGAAUGCUAAGAGUGUUUUCCACUCAAUCAGGGAGCCAAGUGUCGUGUCGUGGAAUGCGCUGAUAUCUGGGCUGGCAUCCAACGUAUGUUAUUACGAAGCGCUGUCGGUUUUCGAAGACAUGACGUUGGCUGGGGCUCAGCCUGAUAACAUCACUUUCUCUGUUGUGCUUUAUGCCUGCGCUCAUGGUGGCUUGGUUGACAUUGGCAUCAACCAUUUCAACUCUAUGAGGAAUUCGUUCGGUGUUUCCCCACAAAGGAGCCACUACACACUCUUUCUAGAUAUGUUGGGACGAGCGGGUCGUCUGACAGACGCGGCAUGCACCAUUGAGGCCAUGCCCAUCCGGCCUGACGUGUCCAUGUCAGGAAUCUGUUAGCAUUUUGCGAGCUCCAUAAUGAUCCGGUUGUCGCAGAAAAUAUUGCAAGGAAGGCACUGGAGUUAUACCCAUCUGACACAGUAUUCCAGAACACGCUUUCAGACAUCAGUGGUGCUCCUUGGAAACAUGAGCAUGGUGUACAUGCCCACAGGAUGAAGAGUGAUGCGGAUUUUCAAGCUAAAGCCUAACAGAUGCGUCUGUUUCUCUAUACCUACCAGGUUCUUGGAGAAGGCCAUUUCUUUCGACAUCUGCACAUCGAGCAUGGGAUGGUGUGAAGAGCAAUGCAGGAUUCUUUCAGCGGCCUUUUUCCUCUCCAAGGAUUUAUAGAAAUUCCACUGCAUUGAAACACACGAGACAUUCUAUGAAAUAGUAGAUUAUGUUCCACCUCAUUCUCUCUUAGAGUCAUUGCAGGCAGAGUAUGGGUAUGUGGCAUCCACUUAGUCAAUUAACGUCUAUGAUUUGAGUUUUGGUGAGCAUUAUGUGCUAAAUGCUUGGUCUAAACUCUAAAUUAUGAUGGUCUCUUUACCUGGAUA